UUACCUGCAGCUGCUGUUACCUUGGAAACCAAGUAUAACAACCACUGCUCUGAGUUAAUUUUUACACGUUUUCUGUGUAAAUUGUAGGAGCCUGAAAUAGGAGUGAAUUCAAUAUGAUUAUGAGUAGCGACUACUACGAGACGCUGGAAAUAAACAGACAUGCUCCAGACGCUGAAAUCAAAAGAGCAUAUCGACGUCUUGCAUUGAAGUUUCAUCCGAGCUGCAGAGAGACUGGUAGCGUGGAGAGAUUCAGUCAGCUGGGGGAAGCAUACGACGUGCUGAGCGACCCUCAGAAAAAGGCGACUUAUGAUAAGUUUGGUGAGGAGGGUCUGAAAGGUGGAAUCCCACCUGAGUUUGGCAGCAGCGGCGCUUGGUCAUCUAAAUAUGAAUACCAUGGGAACCCAGACCAAACAUUCAGACAGUUCUUUGGAGGCGACAACCCAUUUGCAGACUUCUUUACAAAUGAUGCACCACUUCAGUUUGGUGGACUGCAACAAGUGGUGGUGAAGACACAGGACUGUCAUAUAGAGAGAGACCUUCAUCUGUCUCUGGAUGAUCUCUUCCAUGGAUGCACUAAAAAGAUUAAGAUCUCUCGCAGGGUUAUGAAUGAGGAUGGAUGCACAUCCAGUAUCAAAGACAAGAUCCUGAAUAUACAUGUGGAGCCUGGAUGGAAAGAGGGCACAAGAGUAGUGUUCUCCAAAGAGGGAGAUCAGGGGCCAAACAGCAUCCCUGCUGAUAUUGUGUUCAUAGUCCGACAGAAGAGUCAUCCUCUGUUUGUAAGACAACAAAGUGACCUGAUAUACAAGGCCCAGAUCUCUUUAGAGAUGGCCUUGACUGGAUUCUCAGUGGAUGUGGAGACACUAGAUGGCAGGCUUCUCACUAUUCCUAUCAAUGAUAUAGUGCACCCUGCAUACAAAAAGGUAGUGACUGGAGAGGGGAUGCCGCUGUCACAGAAUCCUUCUCAGAGAGGACACCUCAUCAUUACUUUUGAAGUCCAGUUUCCAGAGAAGCUCUCAGCUGAGAGGAAGCAACUCAUCAAGCACGCUCUCAAUUUUAAAUUUUGAUGCAUUUCUUAUACAUGUGUUCUUAUCGUGUUACAUGUAAACACCAUAACUGUGCUGCGACACCAGCCUUCCAGCAGAUGAUCACAGUUACAGCAUUGUUGUGCAGUUGUGAUUUGCUGCCAUCAUGGCUCGUUUCAGCUGCUCAUAUGUAACAAACAUCACCACGUUCCAGGAGCCCAGGCGCAAGAACGACGGCAUGAAACUGAAGAAGAAUAAAAACAUAGAUUGUAAUCAGUUCAUAUUAAAAGCUGCUUUUUAACAUUUAGUUUAUAAACAUUUA